CAUUAGUAGGAGACUGCAAACAAGAAAUUGAAGUGCCACGUUAUUUUGUCAGUGUAAAUAAAUGUGGUAAGGCAGAGCGACGUCACUCAUUAACCCGAUUCAACUCGCUUCUGUCAACUGAAGAAGCUCUGACUAUCUUAGCUUGCUAGCUACAAACAAAGAAACGAGUAAAUAAGAAAUAAAUCGUCUGCAAAGCAGAGACCGACAAUGAUGACAGAGUGCGAGGACGAACUUUCUUCAACAAAAGAGAACGUGAGACAACGCGAGGAAGCUGCUUUCAAGCCUCGAGAUGAACCACACACGGCCGCCACCAGUGAGGAUCACCCCGACUGGAGCUCCUGCGUCAAACAGCAGCAGCCGAAGCCCCACCAAAUUAAGGAGGAAGAAGAAGAGGCUGAUAUCAGCAAGCUUCCAAUCAUUCAAAUUAUUGUAAAAAGUGAAGACGAUGAAGAUAAAGUGACACCUCAUAGCAGCAUCUUAAGUGAAGGUAAUGAAGAACCACAUGUUGAAAGUGUCACCACUCCAAGUGACAUGAAAACACGCUGGAAAUGUUCUCAGUGUGACAAAACCUUUGUCAACAAGUACAUUUUAAAAGGACACAUGAUGAGUCACACUGGAGAGAAACCAUUCCGCUGCAUAAUAUGCGGUAAAAGCUUCUCCAUUAAAGGACGUAUGAUAACACACACCCGAAUACACACUGGAGAAAAACCCUACUCCUGCUCGGUCUGCGCCAAAACUUUUUCUGAUCAAUCGGCGUUUGUGCGACACAGAAGAACGCACACCAGCGAGAAACCGUUUACUUGCUCGACGUGCGGGAAGAGUUUCACGCUGGGCAGUAGUUUGAAUACGCACAAAAGAAUGCACACUGGAGAAAAACCUUACUGCUGCUCGGUCUGCAGCAAAGAUUUCUGCGACCGCUCAGUGUAUGCGAGACACACGAAGACACACACGGGGGAGAAGCCGUUUACUUGCUCGGUUUGUGGAAUCCGAUUGACUCGAAAGACACAUUUAACCACGCAUAUGAGAACUCACACAGGAGAGAAAGUGUUCAGUUGCAGGUUGUGUGAGCAAAGGUUUUCGUACAAGUAUCAAUUAGAAAAACACAAGUGUAAUGGGGAAGAACAGCAGCAGAAAUUUUGAAGACUGGGAUAGACGUCCAAUCCAUUUUAGCUGGGAAGGGCUAGCAGCAACUAAUCAGUCAAUUAGUCAAUCUUUUUUUGUGUUUGUUUGUUUCUGGUGAUUCGUGGGGUAACAUUGUUAAUAACAUGUUGCUAAAUGAUUUUUUUUUUUUUUUUUUUUUAACGAAAUUUUCUUAUCCACUACCUUUAAAAAUAAACAUGGCUGUUUCAGCUAACGUGGCACAAAAUGCAGUCUUGCAUAAUUAUAUAAUGAUGAUUUUUGUGGCAAACCUCACUGUGAUGGGAAAUGAAACGUAUUUUUUAAGUCAUAUGUAAUAUACAAAUGUGGCUUUGGCACCCUCUUCUGUUAUCUUUGGGCCAAGCAACCAUGUUGUUUAUGGUAAAUGGUAAAUGGUGUUAUACUUAUAUAGCGCUUUUCCACCAUUUACAAUUACAACUCGUGUUUGAAUGCUAAAACAAUACUGUACUGUAUUUCAAAUUCAGGUAAGAAAUUGACAAUAUUUUCACGUUUUUUUUGGGGGGGGGGCACUUCAAAAAGCAGUCAUAGACUGUGAAUUUCAACGACACUGGACCAAACGAAUGGACUUGUAGUACUAAAUGGUCAAGUCCUCCGGGUAAAAAGCUUUACAAAGUUUGACUUUACCUUACUCGUGUCACUCAAGGCUUUCUUGUCUCAAGUGCUAACUUGCUAGCUAUUAACAUAGCUAACAAGCUAGCUUUCAAACAAACUGUACACAGGCUACUUUAUAUUGUCACAAAGUUGUUCAUUCAUUCAUUCAUUCAUUUUCCAUGCCGCUCAUCCUCACGAGGGUCGCGGAAGUGCUGGGGCCCAUCCCAGCCAACUACAGGCAGCAGGCGGGGCACAACCCCCAGAUGGGUUGCCAGCCAAUCGCAGGGCACGUUACAAAGUUGUAUCCCCCUUUAUUUAUUUUAUUUUUUUUAACCCAAAUGUAAAGGGUGUACUACAUGUAUGCAGUAUAAUACUACUUGUAAUACAAGACUGAAAUGUACAUACAAGAUAAAAAUGGUUACGCAAAACAUGCAUUCGAAACACCCACACCCCAAAAUAGACAGAGACAGUGGCGGAACAAAUGUGAACAGAUCCCGGGUGUGAUGAGCAUAAACGGGACACCCCGAGUGGAUCUUCGUCAUUUCGGGGUGGUUGCUAACUGACAAUUAUUCUUCGCGGAUUAUUUUACCACUCUGUUUGACUCUCCCCUCGCCCAAACACAUUCACUUUAUGUCCUAAACUAGGCCGGCCCAGGCGCACCCCCUACGUUUUGCCUCUAAACAGUGACGUUAUUUCUAGCCAUUCCUGGACCAGGCAGCUAUAAAUGUAACUGGAUUGAGUUACAUGAAAAGCACAUGGCACUGCCGCAAAGUUUCAUGUCCCCACAACAGCUGGGAUGCGAAAACCUUUGAGAGGAGGACACAUGAGGAACGUCCAAACGCUACAAGAUGGUAUUACUGGACGUGUUGAUAAUUGGAGGUGGCCCUCACGCCAUGACCCUGGCCAGCAUGCUGUUGUACCCAGACCCAAACUCAGUUCCACACAUCUCCCCGUCCUCCAGUGGAAUGUCAAAACUUGAGUUUGAACCUGAAACCCAAAGAGGGCAACCGGACAAUGCAAAGAGGAAGGUAACAAAUGCAGACGAUGUCACUGGGCCGCCAAUCAUCAGUCUGCAAGUGGUGGAUGCUUACGGAGAGUGGGCUUGUUUGUGGAGGAGUCAAUUCACAGCUCUCAACAUCCCUCACCUGCGCUCGCACAUGCUGGUGCACACAGACCCAGUCAACAAGAAUGCACUGCAAGAGUUUGUAUCCAAGAACAAUCGCUGCUCCGAACUUCACAGUCUCCCGGAUCAGGUGUUCAUCCUGGAUGAAAACGCGUUCUUCAAUGACACACGUCUUGGAAGGAAAGAGCGGAAGCGUCUUAACGUCACUUCCGACCUCAGGAAGAGUUUGCCCUUCAGUCUGCCGGGAACUAAACUCAGUGUGGAUUUCUUUCGAGAUCAGGUGAAAAGAUACAACUUGGACAAGGUGCUUGUGAAAGGAACCGUUACUCGCAUCACCCCGGUGACUGAAGAUGAACAAAGAUCCAAGUCGAGAAAUAAAAGAGUAAAAUAUUUCCGAGUCCAACUCGAAGAUGGCAUCGUGCUCAAAGCUCAACAGGUUGUCAUGGCAACCGGGCCCACCCGUGCCCAGAUGGCAAAUAUCCCGCAGUGGGUAACUCAAAUAGAAGAGAAUUAUCCAGAAGAGCGUCUGCAACACACUGUGGACCUAAUGCACUCAUUAUCCAGAAAUCGGGAGAAUGCUGAUGAUGUUACACAAGUAUGUGAGGCAGGCCAGAGAGUGAUGGUAGUCGGCGGAGGUCUAACCAGUGCUCAUGUCGUCUCCAUCGCACUCCAGCAAGGCGCCAGUCAUGUGACGUGGGUCAUGACAAAGCACCUCCAGUUGAAACAAUUUGAUGUGGGCGAUGUGGAGAGCUUGGUGGGUCGUUAUUCCCACGUAGAACACGGCAUCAAGAUGGACGGCCAAGCUUUCCUCAGGCAGUUCUUUAACGAAAGGAGUCUUCACAGGAGGCUGGCAAUGAUUCGCCAGGCUAGGAAAGGGGGUGCUGUCACCCCGGAGGCUUACAUCCAACUAAAGCCAUUUAUUUUGAAAGGACAGGUGGAUGUGAAGACAUACUGCCAGGUGAGUGAAGCCAGCUGGUGCUACCGGAAUCAGGCCUGGAGGCUGUCCCUCAGCAAUGGAGACCAUUGGACAGGAGAUACCAUCUGGUUGGCCACAGGGUGUAAACUUGAUGUCAAACAGGAUCCUUUGCUUUCUGAAGUGAGGAUGGAAUUUCCCAUACAGGUACUGGACGGUUGGCCGUGCAUAUCAGAGAGCUUACAGUGGGCAGAGGGGUGCCCUCUUUUCUUGAUGGGACAGUACACCGCUCUUCAGAUUGGACCUCAUGCAGUUAACCUAGCAGGCGGACAAGCAGCCAGUAUGAGAAUUUACAAGCACAUCCUGUGCAAACACAAUAAGACGGACACGACGGAGCUGAGUGCAGGGAAAUCGAAAACGGAAGAAUAUAUUCAGCAAAUGCAUGGACUUUUAUGGCUCUAAAAGGAACAUGCAACAU